AUGAAGACUAAAACCAGAGCCAACGCCACCAGAGCCGGCCCCUCGGAAAUCCCCUCCGACGCCCCAGAAAUCACCCGCCAGGAACGCAUCCUUGUCACCCGGCUCCUCGGCGGCGCCCGCUCCUUCUCCACCAACCCCCUGACGGACGAGGAGACGACCAUGUUCAAGGCCCUCAUCUCGCGCCUCAUCAGGGCGUCCAAGGACCCGCUCAUGCCCGACGCCGACAGCUUCUUUGACAGCAACCGCUUCGAGACGCACUUUUGGGUGUUUGAUGAUGCGCUGAGAGUCAUUAUGCAGUUGAAGGCGUGGUAUGGACCCGUGGUGCCUCAUUGA